UACAAAAAUACAAACCAGUUGCAGAACGUUCUAAAAAAUACCAAGCAUAAUUGGACAACAUAAAGAAUCAUAAAAGUGUCUUUGUUUAAACAUAAUAAUAGCCUUUAUUUAAAUGUAAUCGCGAAGUCUAUUAUGAAUGUGAAGUGACCGUUAAAUAUACAUAAUAGAAUUAAUAUUUAAAUGGAAAUCAGUACAUAUCUGACACUGUGGAGUUCCUGUGGUGUUUUUUAAGACACCAUGGAGAAAGUUACUAUCGUUGAAUUAUUGAGAAAACUAAAGAUUUUAAUCGGAGGACUUAUAUUCAUAGCUAUAACUCUGAUACUGUUAUUAAUAUCAUCAAUUCUGAGAUUUAAUCGAAACAUACAAAUGUCAGUUAUACCAAAACAAUUUAGUGUUCACCCAAUAUCAGAAACAACUGUAAACGGUAUACCUCUUAUAAUUCAUCAAACUUGGAAAUCAAGUAACGUUCCAGAGAAAUGGAAAGACGCACAAGCUUCUUGGACAGAACAAUCUGUGGAAUAUCCAUUAACGCGCAAAUACAACGAAUUUGUGUACAUGUUGUGGACCGAUAAAAUGCUGGACACUUUUAUCAAGGAGCAAUAUCCAUGGUUUUACAAUGUAUUUCACAGUUAUCAUUUUCCAAUUUCUCGAACAGACGCAGGGAGAUAUUUUUUGUUAUACCAUUACGGUGGAAUUUAUUCUGAUUUAGAUAUAGGAUGUAAUAAUCAGUCUAUAAGAAAGAUAUUGUCUAGUAUAGAAAGCCAUCAAGGAGUCGGGGUCAUGGAAGUUCGACCAUAUGGGUUUUCUUUGGAAGUGCUCGUUUCGGCGAAAGGACACCCAUUCAUGAAAUCAGUGAUAUCUGGUUUGAUACCAGCUCAAGCAAGAUAUCCUAUUCCAUAUCUAACAGUAUUGCUAUCUGCGGGUCCCUUAUAUUUUACCGCAAAAUAUGGAUUAUAUAAAAAUAAGCAUGAAAUACACAUUGUGAGUCCUGCGUUGUAUGAAGGGAAAUAUUUCAAGCAUUAUCACGGUGGAACCUGGCAUAGCUGGGAUGGAGAAAUAAUUUGGUGGUUUUAUAACCAUGGUCCACUACUUGUCAUAUUGAUGGUAUUAGCAUUAUCAAUUUUUGGAAUUGUAACGUUCAAAAAGAACUUCAUGUCUAUAAUUAAGCAGGGAAAUUAUCAUAUAGCAUGAAAUGGAUAUAACCAGCUUUUGUGUUCAUGUUCUUUUAAUUGUGAGAUAACUAAAUUAUCAUGUCUUUUAAUAUCAAAACAAUUUUCAAUUUUAUACCACCAUUUAUCAUUUAUUGAAUUUAAAGUCUUUUCCUUGG